GCGAUUCGACUGAAGAAAGGUCACCAUUAACUCUCACCAGUGUGCUGACUACUGAACAAGGGAACUGAUUGAGACGCACCCAGAGAUUCAGUUAGCAUUUAUUUUUUUUAUUUUCUUUAUCAUUCUCAUCUUAAACAGGAAAAAGUGUCCAAACACACAGAAAAACACCUGCUCAAGCGACAGAGAUCCACGUGACACUCUGUUAUAAAGAUGGCGUUUAUUAAACAGGAGAGUGAAGACAUUAAGAUUGAAGAAGCAUUCAGAGUCAAACAUGAAGAUACUGAGGAACAAACAGACAUCAUGCUCCUGAAAGAGGAAAGUGAAGAACUAAAUGAAGUGGAAGACAAAGAUCAGUAUGAGAAAUAUGAUUUUAUUGGAGAAAGUUUGUAUAGUUGCUCACAAACUAAACAGAAUGUACAAAACAAAGCUCAAAAGACAGGAGAUUUAACCUGCCAACAGUGUGGAAAGAGUUUCACUAAAAAAGGAAGCCUUAAAGACCACAUGAGAAUUCACACCGGAGAGAAGCCUUACUCCUGCCAGCAGUGUGGAAAAAGUUUCACUAGAAGUGGAACCCUUCAAAGGCACAAUAGAGUUCACACUGGAGAGAAACCUUACACCUGCCAACAGUGUGGAAAGCGUUUCUGUGAAAAAGGAAACCUCAAAUGCCACAUGAGUGUUCACACUGGUGAGAAAUGUGAAGAACUAAAUGAAAUUAAAGACAAAGAUCAGUCUGAAAAACAUUUCACUGGAGAAAGUUUUAGUUGCUCACAAACUAAACUGACAACACAAAAGAAAGCUCAAAAGACAGGAGAUAGAAGUCAUUUCACCUGCCAACAGUGUGGAAAAAGUUUCGUUGAGAAAGGAACCCUUAACAGGCACAUUAGAAUUCACACUGGAGAGAAGCCUUACACCUGCAAACUGUGUGGAAAGAGUUUUACUGAUAGUGGAAACUUUAAUUCUCACAUGAGAAUUCACACCGGAGAGAAGCCUUACUCCUGCAAACUGUGUGGAAAGAGUUUCGUUCGAAAAGGAAACCUAGAGAGCCACAUGAGAAUUCACACUGGAGAGAAACCGUACACCUGCCAACAGUGUGGAAAGAGUUUUAGUCAACAAAGAAACUGUAAUUUUCACAUGAAAAUUCACACCGGAGAGAAGCCUCACUCCUGCAAACUGUGUGGAAAGAGUUUCAUUCAAAAAGGAAGCCUAAAGAGACACAUGACAAUUCACAAUGCUGAGAAACCGUGCACCUGCCAACAGCGUGGGAUGAGUUUUAGUCAACAAAGAAACCUCAAAGGCCACAUAAGUGUUCACACUGGAGAGACAUGUAAAGAAGUAACUGAAAUGGAAGACAAAGAUCAGUCUGAGAAACAUGAUUUUACUAGAGAAAUUUCUUUUGAGCUCUCUUUUGUGAAGUCCGUUUAGUUUGUGAGAAACUAAAUGGACUUCACAAAAGAGAGCUC